UCCCGCCGCUGCCGCCGCCUCAUCGCGCGGCCGGCGAGGGUGGGUGGCGGCGCGUCGCCUUCUCGCUGGGAGGAGGGAGGCCGGUUCCCGGGCUGGCCCGAGGAGCAGAGGGGCCUCCUCGCCUACCACGAGACGGCCGGGCCGGUGGUCCCCCGUGACGCGCGCCCCCAGGCCUUCCUGGGGGGCCUCUUUGCGCCUGGCCCCUUUAUCGCCCUCACUUUCCUGACCUCACCAGCCCCUCAGUCAGUCAGCUGACUAACGACCUCCCCCACCCCCAGCCUUCCUCUGCGCAUCCAGCAUAGGAUUAUUUUGACCGGGAUCUAGGCAUUCUGUGUGUUCGGGCGGAAAGGUUCUCUGAAUUUGUCCUGUAAAUCCAGCCAUGUACCCAACAGCGAAGUUGCAGUACUACAUUAAUUUAGCCUUUAGUUUCGAGGGAGGUCUUUUUUUUCCCUCCUCCUCUGGCAAAGACAACUUUUAGUCUUCUGAGAACUGUACUGCAUUAGAUUAUCUUUGAGAUAAUUCUUGUUAGCGCCUGGAGGCAGUAUGAUGGGAGGUUCAAAGAGAAGGCUUUACACUUUUUUCCUCCACCUGUAUCACAGUUUGAAGUGGAAAACGUGCGUUGACGGUGAUUUUCCACACAGAAUGCAGCCCCCGUGUGCCGUGGCUCACCCUGGUUAUUGGGUGCCACGCCUGAAGUUGAUUUUAAAGCUCACCAGAAUGGUCAGAUCCUUUGUAGACCUGGAACCUUGUCUUAAGCCUGCUUAAAAACUCUGCUGCUUGGCCAUCUCCGUCUCCUUGCCAUCCCCUCUCUUCUCAGGGAGCGAGGACCUGGUCGUGUCCAUGGUGGAUGGUUGGCGUCCUACUUCCAGUGGGGCAGAACUUAAAGUCACGAUAACUUUGCUGCUGCCUCCUGAACUCGCGCUCACUCUUAGAUACUCAGAAUCUGUGAAGAUUUGAAAGGACCAAUGAGUAUUCUCAUUGUUGAGGCAUUCUAUGGAGGGUCCCAUAAACAGCUGGUGGAUCUGCUUCAAGAAGAGUUAGAAGACUGUGUCCUUCAUACGCUUCCGGCGAAGAAAUGGCAUUGGAGAGCACGGACAUCGGCUCUGUACUUCUCUCAGAAUGUCCCCCCUAGUGCGCGUUACAGGAUCCUCUUUGCAAGCUCAGUGCUUAACCUGACCGAACUGGCUGCCCUUCGGCCUGAUCUUGGGAAAUUGAAAAAGAUUCUGUACUUCCAUGAGAACCAAUUGGUAUAUCCUGUCAAGAAAUGUCAGGAGAGGGAUUUCCAAUAUGGAUACAACCAGAUUCUCUCGUGCCUGGUGGCUGAUGUGGUGGUAUUCAACUCGGUUUUUAAUAUGGAGUCAUUUCUUACUUCUAUUGGAAAAUUCAUGAAGCUGAUUCCUGAUCACAGACCCAAGGAUCUGGAAAGUAUCAUCAGACCCAAGUGCCAAGUUAUUUACUUUCCCAUCAGGUUUCCUGAUGUGAGCAGAUUCAUGCCUGAGCACAAAACAGCCCAUUUGCAGAAGAUACUCAGCCUUAAAGGAAAUGAUGGAGCUGCUCCGUCCAGGGCCCUUCCUUUCCAACGGGAGCAGAGGGGUUGGGAGAAUGCACUGAAGAACUUUGAUUCAGAGUCUGGGCCCUGUGGUGCUACACAGCAAGAAAACCUGUGUAGCUCAGUAAGUCAGGAGCCAUACUUGAAAACGUUCGACGCACCAGAUCAUUCAAGAGCUCAUCAUGGGGAAAAUAAACAAAAUCCACGUGACAUUUUGGGUGGAGCUGAGUAUCAACAAAGACCACUGCAUAUCGUCUGGCCUCACAGGUGGGAGCAUGAUAAAGAUCCAGAGAGCUUUUUUAAGGUAUUGAUGCAUCUUAAGGACUUAGGACUCAAUUUCCAUGUGUCUGUCCUUGGAGAAACCUUCACAGAUGUCCCAGAUAUAUUUUCAGAGUCCAGAGCAGCCCUGGGAUCUUCUGUCUUGCACUGGGGCUACUUACCCAGCAAAGAUGACUAUUUCCAAGUACUGUGCACGGCGGACGUUGUCAUCUCAACAGCUAAGCAUGAAUUCUUUGGAGUGGCGAUGUUGGAAGCUGUGUAUUGUGGCUGUUACCCACUUUGUCCCAAAGAUUUGGUUUAUCCUGAAAUAUUUCCAGCUGAAUAUCUGUAUUCUACACCUGAACAGCUUUCAAAAAGGCUCCAGAAUUUCUGCAAGAGACCAGAUAUUAUAAGAAAACAUCUCUAUAAGGGUGAAAUGGCUCCUUUUUCCUGGGCAGCCCUACAUGGUAAAUUCAGGUCUCUGCUUACAACAGAACCUAGGGAAGAUUUGUGACAGAUGGGGCUAAGUCACAAACUUGCAGCCUAAGGCAGAAUCUGUAGAACUUUCCAGAGUGUGCCCAUAUUUACCUGAUCAGAGAGAAAAGAAAAUCUGCAGAGGAAGCUGAGCCCGGCUGCUUGUCAUAGCUGACACAGAGCCAUCUGCCACAAACCUGUGGCGGCUUCAGAUCUCCAAUCCCUGCCACCACCCCAACUCAAAUUAAAUACAGAUUCCUAGAGACGUUAUGAUGGUUACACAUGUCCUCGGCAUCACAUGGAGGAGACUGUUCAAAAAAAAAAUGUGGCCUGUUGUAUAACCGCACUCAUGUAUCCCAUAUGUGGUGCCACAUUGAAUUUCCGGUUGAAUCCGUUUUUAUCCUUUGUACUGGAUGACAUGGUGCCUGAAUUCUUUCUUUUCGCCGACUCGAUGGCAGCCAAACUGCAGCUUCAAACGCUCUCACUUGGCUGGGUUUCUACCUAGGUUGCCAGGUUAUCAUCGGAGCCUUCUUGUGUCCUCAAAGGGCCACAGGGUCUGAAAGGAGGAUCAGAAUUCUACCGACUAAUUGGGCAGCCAUCUCAGGACUGUUCGUGGGCAAAGCAAAUUAAUGACUCCCUGGCACUGGGGUUUUUAAGUGAAGGUAUUAAUAAGGGGUCUGGCAGGUAUUCCCAUGAUUCACAGAGUUACAUUUGCAUUUCAUUUGUCUUAAAGAAAGUUGCAAGAUAAACAGCUGUAAUUCAGACAAACAUGGGGAAUACACUAAGUGGGGCCAUCCUGCCCAUUAAAAAUGAACACUGAGAUACAUGUUUUAAUUUUUUUCCAGGGAUAAAAAUAGAGAAGUCAAAAUACUUCUAACAAAACCACUCGUUUUGACAUAAAUAUUCCUCAAAAAUAUUUGCAUCUAGCUACAAAUAUAAUCUUUCCAAGAUAAAUCACUUAUGAUUCCAAUAGUCUAGCUGCUGUAUUUGUUGAUGUAAAGAUGUUUUGAACGGCUAGAUUGUAAAAUAAAUUUUUAAUAAAGUG